AUGUCUUUGACUUCUGCUCUACGUCCGGUUGGACUACCGUUCGGGGCGGGUACAAAACGAGACCAGAUUUUAGGCGACAAUCAACAGACACGGCUCUUUCGACAUGAAGUGGACUAUCUCAAUCUGCACCGGACACUCGUGCGAUUCCAGCACCUCAUCCUCCUGACCCCUUCUCCCUCCGAUGAUGGCAGCUUGAGUGGUUUGCAAAGACAGAUACAGGCCGAACUGCGGUCACCACUUCCUUACCAUCGCAACAAAUGGCUGCACAAUAUCGAAGGCGCCCGAACGCUGCUGUUGCAACUGGAGCGGCGGGCGCAAGGGAUUCGAGUACAGAGGGCAAAAUACGAAGCCGUCAAGGAUCUCGCGGAGAAGAGAGCGGUUAUUAAGAAAUUGAGACACCGGAUAGAGGAAAUUGGACGGGAGGUGGAAUCGAUGGGCUCCGAAACCCUGCGGCCGCUCACGAGCGACGAGGACGGCGAUACACUCUACGACGUGCUGCGACAACAAUCGCUACAGACUGAUGUUAGUAUGACAGCUGAGGAACAUCAACAAGACGAUAUUUUGAAGGAGGGUCGACCUGUCACCCUGGUGGAAGAGGAGAAUUCCAUCACGGACGAUGCCCCCAACAUUAAAGAUACGCGAGAAGAGCUGUUUACUUCUUCCGGAAUCCGGCACAGAGGGAAGAACCAGCAAGACAAGUCAUCCGCCCCUGGUGCCCAUACAACUGGCUUCUCCAAUCUCGAAUCUACGGAGCGGACAUUGCUGGAUUCCUCUCGUGUUCAAGAAGACAUUACGACUUCCUUGGUCAGGAUGGCGGCACAGUUGAAGCAGCAAAGUCGAGCCAUGCAGUUUUCCUUGGAGCAGGACAAGGGGAUCCUGGGACGUGCAAUUCAAGGCCUUGAUAUGAGUGUGAGCGGGAUGGAGGCGGCCAGCAAAAACAUGGCCUUCUUGCGACGCAUGAGCGAGGAAGAGGGAUUGUUUGGUCGAUUGAAGUUAUACGCCAUGAUCUUUGGAAUGUGGAUUGUGGCAUUCUUGUUGGUGUUUGUGUGUCCGAAGCUCAGGUUUUAA